AUGAAUAUGCCGGGGACUGGGAUGAUACCAAAAGGAGUUGGUGCGCCACCGCCACCCGGCAUGGAUAAUCGUCGCGGUAAACUGAUGUGCAUCAAAGUUCGCAUGCUGGACGAUUCAGUCGGCGUUUUUCAUCUCGGGCACAAAGCGCUUGGACAGGCCUUAUUCGAUGAAGUUUGCCGACAUCUGAAUCUUUUGGAGUGUGAUUACUUCAGCCUCGAAUUCACCGACUGUUAUGGCAAUCGAUGCUGGUUGGAUAAAGAUAAGCCAAUCCUCAGGCAAAUCACCACAACGCAUAGCGAUGCACGAUUUUAUUUCAUUGUCAAAUUUUACACUCCUAAUCCAGCUGAUCUCUCCGAUUGCGGUGAUUUUUCAUCCGAGGACUAUCCCGAUGAUAGCUAUUUAUCGAGCGCUCGCUUUGUGCCUAAUCAAAGCACCGAUUUCCAGAAAAAAGUCAUGGAAAAUCAUAUGAAACUGAUCGGCAUGAGUCCCGGUGAAAGCGAUUUGGCACUACUGGAGACUGCUCGACGUUGUGACUACUACGGUGUGAAAUUGCAUGGUGCUAAGGAUGUCGAAGGUACGGAUGUAAGUCUGACCGUUGCCCAUAUGGGCAUUCGAGUAUUCCAUCAGCUUCAGUGUGUAUCCACAUUUUCAUGGGCAAAAAUCCGGAAGCUUUCAUUCAAACGCCGUAAACUACUGAUUAAGUUACAUCCGGAAAGUUAUCAAUAUUACAAGGAAACAAUCGAGUUUUCGUUUGAAAGCAGGAACGAGUGCAAGAAUUUCUGGAAGAAAUGUGUGGAGCAUCAUGCAUUCUUUCGGUGCAUCGAAGUUUUACAACCGAAGAAAACCAGGGAAGGACGAUUCUUCAGCAAAGGCUCUGCUUUUAGGUAUCAUGGCCGCACCCAAAAGCAAUUAAUCGACUACGUUAGGGAACACAGGAAGCGACGCGAGCCGUUUACAAGGCCAAUUAAAUCCGGUUUCACUUCAUCCUCAGGCGAUCGGCUUUCCAGGCCAGCACUUUUUGAUCUCAGUCAACCGGGUUAUGCAACGGUGAGCGAACGAUCCGUGAAUCUAAUUAGUGCUGGAGCAUCGUCAUCAGUAGCUCCUGGCGCAGUACAAAUGCGUCAUGCGAACGGUGCGUAUGUGUCGACGAGCAGUGGCGGUGCACGGAUUCUGAGUCAAAGCAAAAGCCAAACUGCAGCAGGUCAGCCUGUGCCAGGUUUCAUGAGGAUAAGUUACUUUCCCGGGGAAUUGCCUUCGGGUGCUUAUGCUGCUCCGAAUAGUUACAGCGCACGUAAUCAUCAUCCGCAUCGUAACUCUCAGAACUAUCCCAGUAGUAGUAAUGCUGCAGCUGUGAAUGCUGAACGGAUGUGCUUGAGUGAUAUGGAAACUAGUGAUGUUAGCCGAGGGGUCGGGAGUAUGAAUGUGCGUCACAAACAUCUUAAUUCCAGGCCACUAAAAUUUGGGUCUUCGGGUAAGCCUACAGCCGCUGCAGGAGCAGUAGCCGGAGAUUCUAGUGACUUAGCUGAGGCAUCUUCGGAUACUGAUGCUGUUACAUCGGUAUCGUUACCAAAUGUUCUUGCUGAUGACCUGCAACUUGUUUGUCGUGAAUUUGAGUUGAAAUGUGAGUGCGGCCCACCCAAAUCGGCAUCCGGUGAUAAUUUCCUGGAACAGCAAACAGCACCACAUCGCGAUUACGAUAACCUCAGCGAAGGCUCCUACAAGCUUUCAGACAAUGAGUUACGCUCAGUGCAUUCCAAUGAUGUUUCACUUCCGGCUGCACAAAUUAAUCCCGUUUAUGCAACCACGUUCACGGCUAAACGUGUUGGUAACGUAAUCGUGAAGAAGAUUGUAUCGAGUAGUCAUGCGACACCGUCCCCAAAUACUAGUACCGACGGUGAGGAUUCUUACCGCGAGAGACGGAAGCGUAUGGAAGCCUGGCAUGAUUCGGCGGCACACCGACAGCAGCAACAGCGUAGGCAACCUGGAGCAACCCACCCUGAAAGAGAGCGGCAUGCCUCCUCCGCACCCUCAUCCUAUGCCGAGUAUCCGAUACAUCGCAAGCUGGUGCCAAUCGAAAUCGACGGUCCAAAUGUCGACCUCGAUCAACACGGCAAAUUGCGUAGCAAGAAAACAACAGGCGCUGAAACUGUAGCAGUGUCUAGCAGUAGCAGCGCAUGGCCUGCUCCACCACCUCCUCCCGCUGCUGCUUCUGGGAUUUCACUUGGAGAGCCGCCACUUCGCCGACCAGUAGCCACUGUUUCCGUGCACCCUAGCCCCCUAGUGUCGAGCUCGCAGACCUCAGAAGCUCAACCACUGAAAGGUAUUGUGUAUACGUCCAAAGGUACUGUUCUGCAGAGGCCAAAAAUAAUUCCGGAUAGCGUCGAUGAGGCAUCAGUUCCCGGUAUCGAAAACAUCUAUAGCAAUGUCGAUCUCGCUCAUGCACCGCAAAGCUCUCACAAUUACAUGACACUUACGCAGCCUCAACCGGUACCAAAAACAUACGGUGCAGUUGGGCCAUUGCCCGGUAAAGUUAUUACCAAAGAAAAUCUCGUUAUUGCCCCUGAAGGUUACCGUGCGCGGAAACUGAAGCCAGCGGUGCCACCGAAGCCAAAGAACCUAACUUCCUCAGGCGAAACAGCUGGAACUUCCGGCACUGUUAUCAGCCUUGGAGCAAAAUCAGUCUCGAGUGCACCGGAGAUGAAAUCAGUUGCUCAUCCAGUGGUAAAUCUUCAACAGGAUACAAUCCUGCAGUCAUCUUCGGCGCCAUCGAAAAUGAAUGACCUGCAGCGUCCGGCACUGAUUUCAGUGCAAAGCGAAGAUCAUCCAGAAAUCCAAAAAUGUCAUCUUUUCAACAGUGACAUUCCGUACGUACUUACGAUGCGCAAUAUCUCGAAGGUCGAUGAGAGUGCUGUAGAAGCUACGUCUAGCUUUACAACUUUCAAGGAUACGGGCAACAAAAAUACGAUGUCGGAGGUUUUAGCCGGUGCAGUGGAAGCGAGCAGUAGCUCACGCCGUUCGUUGUCAAGAUCACGAAGUCCUGAAAGUUUUCGGCGAAGAAAAUCGCUCGAUCUUGUUCCAAAAAAGCGUUUGCCGUCGCCGUGUAAUUUCUCAUCCCAGGACCACUCACUAUCACCAACUACUCCUGAAUCUGGAGACGUCCUAGAAUAUUUGUUACGAAGACGAUCUGUUGAGAAAUCUGCGCUUGCGAAGCGUGGUCGUCGUGGUGAUCCACGUCGGCAAACACAACCGGUACGUUUCAAUAUCCCGCCAAGUCCUGAAUCAGAGCGACCGCAGUUUGCUGCUAUAUCACAGCCGAACAUCAAUGGAUGUGAUGCGGAAGCCGUCAUCUAUGAAGUAGAUGGUGAAAGGAGGGAGGAAUCACUGAGCAUAAGUCUGAACAAUGUAAAACCUGAGCCGACGGAGGAGGAACAAGAAACAACCACAGAAGUCAAGAAGGAGGAUUUCAAAGCAAAGACUUCUGUGUCCAUGCAGGAAAUAGCAGAAUCUAGGAUUGUAGAUGAUUUCCCACCUCCACCACUUCCUCCUCCUCCCCCACCGGUUCCACCAGUAGUCGUAGUGAAGCAAACAGUACUAACUUCAGAAGCAGCACAGCCUGUUAGUGAGACAUGUUUGCAAGAAAGUACAGAAACACUGCCUUACGCGGAUGAAUCGGCGUCAUCUAGAGCUUCCUGUGCUUCUAAAGAAGACACGACGACUACCGAGAAGACCCCACCAACUUCAUCAUCAACAUUGAGAACACCUACUGGCGUCCUCUGGACUGAUUUCUAA